CAAGGUGUUACAUGUGAUGAUAGGAAUGAAUGUAUGGAGUUUGACAUUUGUGGACAGCAUGCAAAGUGUAAUAACACCAUUGGUGGACACUACUGCACAUGUGACCCAGGCUACAGGCUGCAGUCAGGACAGACUACCUUCAAUGACAGUGGACCUUGUGAACAUGUUUGUACGAUUGAUGAGUCCCUCUGUGGGGAAGGAGUCUGCAACAAGUCUGAAGAUGGCCAUGAAUGUGUGUGCAAGGAAGGAUUCACCAACUAUGGCUUCAAAACAAUGAAAUGCACAAAGCCAAAUUGUGGGUUUCUGUUACAGUAUGACCUUGAGAUCCCUCAGCUAGUACCAGUCAUGGAGGAGUUGAGGAGCAGCUGUGAGAAGCUGAGUGAAGACCCAGUUAUGAGUAAGAGGGUGUCACAAGUGGACGGAAACACACAGUUAGAGAGGUUCCUGAAUGCUUUAGACGAGCUUUUGUCUGCUGGGCCCCUAAACAGUAACAAGAAGGUGACGACAGUGUUGGAAACAACUGAGAAUGGACUGAAACUGCUUGGACCCCAGCUAUCUAAUAUCACCACAACAAGUGUUCACACAGAGGUCAAUACAUUAGUCCGGAGAGAUGAUGCUCCCCCUCACGGGCCAUUCAUUUUGUCCACUCAUGGCACACAGCUCGAAUCCCACUGGGAAACUGCAGCAGGAGAUUCAUACAUGGGAUUUGCUGCUGUGUCUCUACUGAGCUUCAAUAGUUUGGAAAAUUCAGUCAACGACUACUUCGACCAGAUAAAGACCCAAGAAGAUGAAACACUCAAGAUAAACUCGAAAGUAGUUACAGCAGUGGUCACUAACCCUGAUACAGUACAGCUGAAGAAACAGAUCAUCCUCACCUUCUCUCACCUGCAGCAGCCAUCAGAUGGAAACCAAAUGUGUGUGUUCUGGGACUCCUCUCUGGAUGGUGGUGCGUGGUCCACCAAGGGCUGCUCUGUGGUCAGCUCUAAUGCCAAUCACACAGUCUGCUCCUUCACCCACCUCAGCAGUUUUGCUGUGCUAAUGGCACUCCAUGAAAUGCAGGAGGUAUUUGAGCUGCAGCUGAUCGCAUGGGUGGGGCUCUCCCUGUCCCUCAUCUGUCUCCUCAUCUGCAUACUGACCUUUGGCUUCAUCCGCUCCAUACAGAGCACCCGCACCACAAUCCACCUGCACCUUUGCAUUAGCCUCUUCAUUACCAACCUCGUCUUCCUCGCUGGCAUCAGCCGAAUGGAGAACAAGGUGGGCUGUGCAUUUGUUGCAGGCCUGCUGCACUUCUUCUUCCUGGUUGCUUUGUGCUGGAUGUGCCUGGAAGGUGUGCAGCUCUUCAACAUGGUAGUGCUGGUCUUCAACACCACAGUGAGACCACUCUACCUGAUACUGGGUGGUUAUGGAGUUCCUGUGCUUAUUGUUAUCAUAUCAGCCAGUAUCAAUGCUAGAGGUUAUGGCACAAAGCACCACUGUUGGCCCGACCUGAAGGGUGGGUUCAUCUGGAUCUUCUUUGGUCCUGUUUGCGCCAUAAUUGGUGUGAAUGUGUUUUUCUUCCUGAUAACUGUAUGCAAGCUGGUUCAGAAAAUUUCCCUUCUCAAACAAGACUUGAGCAAGCUGCAAAAAAUCAAGUCAUUCACAGUCACUGCCAUGGCUCAGCUUUGUGUGCUUGGCACCAUGUGGAUUUUUGGCUGUUUUCAGUUUGAGAGGGGAUCUCUGGUCAUGUCCUACCUCUUCACUAUCUUCCUUAGCCUGCAGGGGGUGCUGGUGUUCAUCAUGCACUGCCUGCUCUCCAAACAAGUGAGAGAAGAGUAUGCCAGGAUCCUGACCAGCCUAUGUGUUCCACAGAAGAAGAAAUACUCAGAGUACAGCUCAAACCAGUCCAGCAAAUCUCAGGCAUCCAGGAGCAUCCAGCACACGGGAGAGUCACACAUAUGA